AAAUUAUUUUUUUUUUUGAUUGACAUUAAACACUAAUCACUGAUUUACCGCAGAGAUAUCAUGAGUCACUUAAGUAGCGGCCGUCUGAAUGUCAGUCACAUCAAACUGAUGGCCAAACAUGAACUGCUGGAUCAGUUGGACAAACUUCAGGGUACAAAAGCUAUUGUCUGGGAUCCGGAACUCAUUGGUAGGUUCGGAUUGGUUGCCGACUAUCAGCUACUGAAAGAGCAUCAAGUGUUGCAAAUGUUUGAACUUAGGGCCGGCCGACUGACCGAUAACUGUGCGGCCAAACAUGUUGUCUAUAUUGUCAAAAGUCGGCUGGAACUAAUGGAUACGAUUGCCGAUAAUAUAUUUAAUGAAGUGGACAACAAAAAACGGCCGACCAGUGGUGGCGGUGGCGGCGGUAGUAAAGACUAUCACAUUGUAUUUGUUCCGCGAAGAAGUAUUCUGUGCGAACGUAAACUACAAGUACUGGGAGUUUACGGUAAUUUCACGACAAUUGACGACUAUUGGACCGAUUUGUUUGCAUUGGACAGCGAUGUCUUGUCCAUGGAAUGGGAUAAUAGUUUCGGCGACGUCUAUGUCGACAACGAUUACAAUUGUAUCUAUCACGCGGCCAAAGCUAUUAUGACCGUACAGACCAUCUACGGUGUUAUACCGAAAGUCUACGGUAUUGGAAAGUCGGCUAAACUUGUUUUCGAUUUGAUUACCCGAAUGCGUAAGGAGUUGGCCUCCAAUGAACCGUCGAUUACGCCGCAAAUCGAUGCCAUCCUAUUGAUUGACCGAUCAGUCGAUUUGCUGACACCGAUGAUGCAACAGAGCACCUACGAAGGUCUUCUCGACGAAAUCUACGGUAUCAGUCAUUCGACUAUCAAAGUACCGCCGGAAAAGUUUGUCCAACAAAACAACGCCACUGGCGGUGAUGACCAACAACCAAGUGAUCAAUCGGCGUCGUCGUCGCGAAUCGAUCAGCCGACAGAAGCCAAACAUUUUCAUCUGAAUUCAUCGGAAGAACUAUUCGCCAGACUAAGAGAUUUGAGUUUCAAAAGUGUUGGACCAACACUGAGGACGAGUGCCAAAGCACUGUCGCAACAGUUUGACGAAAGACAUAACGCCCGAACUGUUCGCGAGAUACGCCAGUUUGUCGACAAACUGCCAGCUCUACAGUUGGCCCGUAAAUCGCAAUCAAAUCAUACAUCAAUGGCCGAACUGGUCAAAGAAGUGGUCGAUAAGGAGUCGUUCUACGAGACCUUACAUACGGAACAACAGUUUGUCAAUUGUCUGGAAACGGAUAAAUCAAAUCCAUAUAUUGAAGAUUGUAUAUCGAAAAUGGAUCCGUUGGACAAAGUUUUGCGACUGAUUUGUGUACAAAGUUUCUGUAAUAAUGGUCUGAAACCGAAAAUCUUAGAUUUCUAUAAACGCGAAAUACUACAGACUUACGGCUAUCGACAUCUCCUCACAUUCAAUACACUGGAAAAGGUUGGUCUGAUUCGUCUGAACAGUGGAUUUGCGGCCAAGACAUACAAUGUCUUAAGGAAGACACUGAAACUGACAACACAGGAGACUACGACCGGUAGUACCGCAACCACCGGUAGUAGUAGUAGUAGUAGUACUAAUGGUGUUGAACAACAAGACAUAUCAUACAUCUACAAUGGUUACGCACCGUUAAGUGUACGACUGGCCCAAUAUCUGGAACAUCCAGGUUGGCGGGCCAUACCUGAUGCCCUCAAACUGUUACCCGAACCGAUUAUCGAAGAAACCCAACAGAUAGCGGUCGGUUUGAGAAAACGCCGCAAUUCCGGUGCAUCCAUACAGACAGUUGGCGGCGGCGAUGGCGGCGACGAUAAACUAAUUGCCGUUUUUUUCCUGGGCGGCUGUACCUAUUCGGAGAUAUCGGGUCUCAGAUUUCUGUCCCAAAAACAUGGUUUCAAUGCCGACUUUAUUAUCAUUACCACCAAUAUUAUCAAUGGUACAACAUUUUUGAAGUCAUUGUGCAGUCAAACAUUUACCGCCGCAGCCGGUAAACAAACCGACCGGUAAUUAGUUAUAC